AUCGUGAUUGUUUUCUUACAAAGAGUCAUUAGUAUACCGUAUUAGUGAAGCAUUUUUUUCUGUUACGUUAAAGCCAAUUGUAUGUCCUGUUACCCUUACAAAAGAAAUGAUCUGUCCCACACCAGACCACCACGGAAAAUGGCGACGGUAAAAUAGAUGGAAGACGAAAGUGAGAUAUUAGUCAAUGCAGCGUUUAAAUUGUACCCUGUCUUCGUCUGCACCGCUUGGAGGUCAUGGCAGCUGAAAUGUCAUGUCUGGCAGAUGUUGAUGAAGAUGACAAAGAUGCAGAACCUGAGAUCAAUGCCUUCACACUCCUCCAGGAGCCUGUGAGAAUGCCACAAGAAUCUGCCUCUUGCACUGAUUCUUUCAACAAGCCUUCUUCAAAACAGAACAGUGUCCUAGAUGCUCUGUCAAACACAGAUAUGCUGUCUUCAGUUGGCCUGGGAAAUGGACCAUCCUCGCACCAGGCUACACAAGCCCAUGAUCUCAACAGUCUCUCCACAGACAAAGAAGAGUCAAAAAGCAUCACUCCACUAAAAAAUGUGCAGGAAAUUGACACCGCAGGAAUUUGGGGUUUUGACGAAGACUCACCUGAUAACUCGUUGGAUAAUUUUAGUGGUGCCAGUAACCUUCAUUGGGACCCUCACAAAGAGUUUAUGCAGUUUCUAUGGGAGAGCCAUGGUGACUCCCCUGGUGAGGAGCCUAAAGAUGAGGUACCUUCUGCCAAUAAUCGAAGGAGAAGGAAACGGAAAAUGGAUAUGGUUGUCAUGGUGGAUCCUUCAGAGGACCUUUAUCCUGAUCUGAGCCCCAAGUCAUCUGAAGAGUUAUCUGAUGCCGAAGGCCUUGAAGACUCUAGCAAAAGCCAAGGGUCUAGGAAGUUUUCCCAGUCACCAACUGAAAAAGUGUCCAAGUACCCCAAUGGAUCCGUGAAGGCCAUCAAGGACAUUCUUUACAAUGGACCUGCAAGAAAUUCACAUGAGAACAGUAUAAAUUGUGGACUUUCACCACUGAAAAGAAGGCUGACAAUGAAUUCUCAUUCAGAGGAGAAGCCUAAAUGUUACCCUUGCUCAAAAUGUAAGCUCAUUUUCCAGAAAGAACAUCAUUUGCGUCGUCAUAUGAAGACCCACGUUGACCAUCCUAACAUCUCGCCAAAGCCCUUUAUAUGCCGCGAAUGUGGACAGGCCUUCAGACAAAGUGUUUCACUGAUUGCGCACAUGUCUGUCCACCAGGAAAAGAGAGAACAACUCACCAAAGAGAUCAAAGGCAUGAAUGAUAAAAAGAAACAAGAGGGAAAAAAGCUUUUCUGCCCUCAGUGCCCAUUUGUUACAAACUGCCCAAAUACGUUUGUUCAACAUGCAAAAACCCAUGAGAAGGACAAAAGGAAGUUUAGAUGUGACAAAUGUAGCUUCAGGUCUCUGGAUGAAAAUGAUCUAAGGAGGCAUACCAUUUUGCAGCACACCGUGAUCACAGUUGGGAAGCGGGUCGAGAAUGAGGACCCUGGAUCUUUUGCUUGUAACAGUUGUUCUUAUCGAGCUUUUAGCAAAAGUGUUUUUAAAAAUCACCUUUUGCGACGCCAUCAACAAACUUACGAGGAAUACGAAGCUUUGCAGUGUAUUGAAAGAAAAACAUCCCCAUUCAAGGAGAAGCAUGGGCCUACUUGUGAAACACCUGUUGGAGAUGCAGAGUUUACAUCCAAAAUCUUGAUAAAAGAUCACAUCUCUUCUAAAAGAGCUUCCUCACCGUGUGAGUCCAGUAACAUUUCAGACUUGUUCAAACAUACUAAGAUUAGGAGAGGUCUCAAGCCCCAACUAACAGAAUCAAAGCUUGACAAGUCUAUUAAUGUUCUCCUGUCUCGACAAAGACAUGGAAAGAAGACCGCAGAACUGAAGAAGGAAAGCAAUAAUUGCAGCACAUCUGUCCAGAAUUCAAAAAGUGACAAAGACGGCUCAGAUCAGUUGCCACAAACAUUAGCUGUCAAGGUUGAAGAUUCAGGUUUAUCUCCAGUUUGCGAUAGGGUGCUAUGGAAUGAAGGCAAGAGUGAUCUUAACUGCAUUAGUGCACCCAAGAUGUAUGAAGAUCAGUCAACAGUCAAAAAGUCCCCGUCUAAACGAAAGAUGUCCACCCCAUAUCGCAAUACCUCUGAUCAAGACUCAUGCUUCAUCUUACCAAAACCAAGCCCCAAGAAAAUAAACCAGGAUGAAGAGUCGGACUAUGACGAAAAUGAUGUUUUUACGUUCAAGGAGGCAGAUUUCAACACCAACCGUUUUGACAAGGACAUCAAGAAAGAAAAACCCAACAUCAUUUACACGUAUAGCAGAAGAAUGUCCAUGAGGGGUGCUCUGCAAGCCUCUAAAAGGCUGUUUGAAAAGAUAAAGACCGAGGAGCAAGACCCAGACCAAGACGAAGAUGAAGACGAAGACCAUGAACAAGACCAAGAUAACCCCGAAAUCAAAGAAGAAUGCAUGGAAACCGAAGUAUUUCAAGAAAACUUUGAGACCCAUCAAAUACCGCUGAGUGAAUCCUUCUCAGACGAUAUGUCAGACUCAGAAUCCGACCGUAAGAACUGUCCAUAUUGUCCCGCUAUCUUUGAGUCAGGUGUUGGGUUGUCCAAUCAUGUCAGAGGGCAUCUUCAUAGGGCUGGACUAAGCUACAACGCACGCCAUGAAGUGCCUCCUGAGCAGGUAGCCUCUCAUGAUAGAAGACCACGAAUUCGACGGAGGAUGUCUGCAUUCCGCAGAUUGAGAAAAGCGUUACAGAUGGAGUCAGAGUCUGAAGCUGUGAAGAGCAUUCACUCCUGCCCAUUAUGUGGGGACUCAUUUGAUAACAGGACUGGACAGUCCAACCACAUACGGGGCCACCUCAAAAAGCUUGGUAAAACUUUUUCCAAAAAGAGCAAAUCUCCAUUAUUUUUACUCCGGGAGCUGAUGCGUGACAAGAAGGAGUUCCAGCGAGCACUCCAAAUUUUAGGAAAGAGACGAAACCAUUUCCAAUAUGGUGUUUCACCAAAGCUGUCCGGUGUAGAUUGUUUCAGGUCACACCCCAUUGGAAUCCCAAAAAGGAAUUCUAUUUCAAGUGUUUGCACUGAAACCGGACCACGGAUUUUCCCCACGUUUUCUUUAGCAGAAAUGGAAUCUGAUAAAAGGCAACUAGAGACUAAGCUGGAUGUAAAAAAUUCACUCUCUGGCACAACUGCCUUAAUAGGAAUUCUGAAGAAGAGGAAGUGUCAGGAAGAUGCCAGACCAAAGGGGUCCUUUCAGAUGUCAAGAAACCCAUUAGCAGUUCCUUCAAAUGGUGAGCUCUGUCCAGGAUCAAGAGUUGCAUCUUCACUGCCACGGUCAACAUCAGAGAAAGGUGAAUUCAACAGGAAGGUGUGUGUCCAUUGCAAUGCAUCUUUCCAUAGCGGCGUUAGCUUGUCAAAUCACCUCCGGGCAUAUGCAAAACGAAAAAGGACUGCCUUAGAGGAAGGAACAACAUUUGACUGUAAAAUAAGGAGACAACGCUCAAGGCCUGGUCCAAAGAAGAAGACACUGCCCUUACCACAAACUCCAGAGGAAAUGUACAGACUCACCUGCAGGUUCUGUGACCUCGUCUUCCAGGGCCCCCUUUCUGUCCAGGAGGACUGGAUCAAACAUUUACAGAGACACAUAAUGAACACUAGUGUCCCUCACACGGGGCUUGGCAUGGUAGAGGUCACCUCGCUGUCCAAAACCCUUAAGACUGACCAAGACAGCUCUCUGACGGCCACAAACGCUGCCUCAUGAAGCCAGUGGGGACCUUUUUAGAUUUCACUAGACUGUAUGUGUAUGUACAUUGGAUGUUGUUUCACUUCCUUUUUUUUUAAGUCAAUGAAAUACUGGCCAAAAGUACAAUAUUGCUCAAUGAAAGAGAUAAUGUUGGAAAUUUAGAGAGAUGGUAAAGUUAAUUAUUUUGGAUAUUGUUACCUUUUUCUGUUUGUACAUGGUUUCCAAAUGGACGGACUGUUUUCUCUUGUUUUAUGCAGUAAUGUAGUGUGGAAUCCAUUUCUAAUGAAGACAACUUUUACCUCAGAUUUCUCAUGGUUUGAGUCAGUUUUUGUCAAAAUUUGGGAGCACUAUUCUCCUGUAUCAUGUUUUCACAUUAACAAGCUACAUAAAGUCAUUUUUCUUUUGUACUGCAACCAGUUCCACAGUCUUUGUUUUUUAGGCCACACAAGAAUAUUUCGACACAGCAGCAGCACCCGAAAGCUCACAAUAAAACAGCUCCAAGAAUCACAAGUCGAAAAGUGAGCUACUGAACAAGAACAAAAAUGAAAAGUGUCUGCAAACUUUGUUAUGCAUAGAAAGUGUUUUAUAGUAUUUCAGUAAACGCAUUGUUUCUAAUUCAAAAACAGAAAUUUAAACUGAAGGUGGUUCAAAAAAGACCUAACAAGCACCAGACCAGUGCUGAGGAUACCCUUCAUACAACAUGUCACCUAUAUUUAAUGUUUAAAUAUACUGUUUUGAGAUAAUUUAAUUUUAAAUGUACUAUAUCACAUAGAUACAAUGCUUAAAAGAUUUGUGUUGUUCUAAAUAAAUAAAAAAAAAACAAGGAA